CAGUAUUUCGAGAAAAAUCUAAGUAGCAAACAAUUAAACAGUAGUAUAGAAGAUACAACUGAUACAGAAUCUGGGAUGAAUUGUGUCUGGGAAAAGAUAGCUACAGGAAUAAUACAUGCAGCUAAUAAGAACAUUUCUAGAAAAAAGCAAACUAGUGAGAAGUCUAAAGAAGAAAAUUGGUCUUAG